AUGGAGGCAACAACCCUCGAGCAGGUCUACAGAUUGCUCACAUCUGCGGAUGCGUCUCUGACUUACAAGCCAUUCAGGGAAGAACGGUCACCAAGCGUCGCCUCUCCGCAUUCGUGCCUUCACUGCGGGAAGGUAUUGGUCAACGGUGAUAUUUUCAGAGAGAAGCCCUUGGUGCACUUUGGUGAUGACAGAUACUCCCGAGACACGAGCCCAUCACUCAAAGUAAGCUAUGGACUGGACGAGGCCAUCGCAGCCUCUCGGGAAGGCUGCAAGCUUUACGAGUGGUUUCUGGACACACUUUCCAUAGAAAUACUCUCCGUUCACUCUUUGGCAUUUCCGAUUGACAGAAUCGAAUUUCACCUGGCCUUUGAAACUGACGGCAAGAUAGACUGCAGUCCAAUCAUCGAAGCCGUUGGUAGGGAUGGAGAGAGGAGACGCUUGGUAAACAAAGGCCUUGUUGGCGUGCCUUGGUCGAGACUGUCCAUCUGCGCUCCCAGAGACGAUCCAGCCUCAAGCAUCAUACCACACCGCCCCGCUGAAACUGAUGUCUUUUCUACGAGGAGCAUUGAGUUCGCUCGGGACUGCCUCAGCACGUGUAUGAAACACCACGAACAGUGUCGCACUGACUGGUUGAAAGCCGAUCUACAUCGCGUUGCCCAGGAUCGACAUCCACUGGAGGAUAUCGCACUUGACAACGAAACCAUCGCGCUCGAAGAUCUACCGACUCGCUUGCUCAAAAUCAACAAGGUGCUGGAGCCAGGGAAACUCAUGGUUAGCCUGAUCACCGUGGAAGAUCUCAGCAUCUCCGAACAGUCCCAGGUCGCAGCGGACGGGUUCGCAGCUCUCUCGUACUGCUGGGGAAGAGAGGGCAACCCAGUACAGCUGACGGCCAAGACUCUUGAGGAACUCCAGUCGGGAAUCGUGACAUCGUCAUUACCGUCCACAAUCAAUGAUGCCAUCCACUUCGCACACGACCUAGGGCUGAAAUACAUCUGGGUCGACGCGCUCUGCAUCUUCCAAGAUAGCACCCAGGACAAAGAACUAGAGAUCACGAGAAUGGGCUCGUACUACGGGACCAACACAGUGACCCUCUGCGCCGCCUCGGCCCCCGGCUCAUCCAACGGACUACGCAGCACCGAGCCCGCCCCCUCUCUCUACCGAGUCCCGCCACUGGUUCUGCGGUGCGAUGUCGGCGGCGCCGGGCGGAUCCUACUGCACUCGAGCCUGGACCUGCGGGAGCCGAUCACGGGCCGCGGGUGGACGCUGCAGGAGUCGCUGCUGUCGCGGCGGCUGGUCAUCUUCUCGCACCAGCUGUACUGGUGCUGCGCGACGGCCAACGCGGCGUGCGAGGGGGAGCUCGCGACGCUGCCGCGGGUGCCGAACCGCAACUUCGGGGCGCCGGCGUCGCUCGUCCCCGGCGUCUACCCGGCCCAGGUCCUGCGCGACUACCCGCCCGAGGUGCAGUGGUACCUGGUGGUGGGCGACUUCGCGCGGCGCCGGCUGGGCGUCGAGGCCGACAAGCUGCUCGCCGUCUCGGCCUUCGCCGGCCGCGUCCACGCCCGGUUCCGCGCGUGCGGCGGGCCGCGGGACGACGGGACGGCUCGCGCCCACAGGAGCCCCGGCGCGAGCAUCGCGUACGUGGCCGGGCUGCUCCUGUCCCGCCGCGAUCUGAGCCUGGUCACGCCGCAGCUGUUCUGGCAGGUCGCUAGGACCGCCGACUGCACUCGGCCCAAGGCCUACAGAGCGCCGUCGUGGUCUUGGGCCUCGGUGGAUGGGGAGCUCAAGCUGGGCGAGUCCGAGCGAGGUAGCCAUACUGUUACGGGAUUUGACGUGACCCUGACCAACGCCAAUGCUCCGUACGGGAGCGUCCAGCAAGCUGCAAUUCGCAUGUCUGGCUGUCACAUGCCGUCGCUGCAAGAAAGUCUUGGAUUUGGCGUGCAGAUCGUCGACGCUGCCGACCUGCCUAGCGAGCGUGGCGUGAGGAUACUGGCAGACACACCGCCCGAUGCUGAGCUUAUCCAAAGUGCAAUUACCGAGUCCAAGUCUCCUGUGUUCUUAUUGCACCUCUCGGGGGAUGUGACUCGGCCGGGUCGUGAGAUACCGUAUGGUUGCGUCGGUCUCGUUGUGAUGCCGGCCCCUGGCGCUGUACCGAAUACAUAUCAGAGGCUAGGGACUUUCAACUUCUACCGGUCCCUGCAGGAUUAUCAAAUAGAGACGUCAGAGGGUGCCAAAACUCUCUUCGACGUCCCAAGACAGGAUGUUGCUUUGUGGUAA